UAAUAAAGUAAUUGUCAUCUUUCCAAAAAAAAUAAAUACAAGCGGUAUGUGUGACCCUUCAUCCAAUGGAAUGCACCAUGGAGAUGUUGUUGCCCAAAAUCUUUGAAUAUCAACUCAAUCUUUAAUGUUUGGUUGAGGAUGGCUCAUCUUUGUAUAACUUACCUCAUUGCUAACCUCCCUUGGGAAACCCAGCUUUUCCUUCUUUUCAAAUUGAACAAACCUAUGGAUUCCACAUUUACAGUCAUAGAAAUAUGGCUACGGUUUUUGUUUAUCUAGUCGUAUUGCCUAUGUUUCUGUGCAUAACUAUAACCAUUAUUGUUAUAUCCCACGUGCAUAUUUUACAUUAUGAACUAAAUUGUAUGCAUGGUUUGUACGCCUUUUACUUUUGAAGGUCAAUUAUUGAAAUGGAUGAUAAAAUCUUGGAAAGUCAAGCAUGUUCUUAAACAUAUCGAAGGUUACAAUUUGAUAUUGAAAUAGAUGUUCAAGAUGCAAGCCAGUGCAAUGAAGAUGUAAAGCAAGAUGUACUAUUCAACAUAGGUGAUAUAUUAGAUGAAGAACCAAAAUUAGGAAUGGAGUUUUCUUCUGAUGAAAGUGCAUAUAAUUUUUAUAAUAGCUAUGCUAAAAGGAUAGGGUUCAGUGCUCGAAGGGGAUGGAUACAAAAAUCAGAUGAAGACAUCAUGGUUUUCAGAGAAUUUUGUUGUUCUAAAGAAGGUCGAAAACAUGAAAAGAAGCAAACCGAUCUCGUAAGGUCUACCCGUCCGAUUACAAGAACGAAUUGUAAAGCAAGCAUGAUGAUUAAGCUUCAGAAGAAUGGAAAAUAUAGUGUAAAUAAGUUUGUGGUAGAGCAUAACCAUGAGGUUGUUACACCAACGAAGGUGCACAUGUUAAGGUCACACAGAAGCUUGACUGAUGAUCAAAAAGCUAACAUAGAUAUCAUAAAUGAUUCAGGAAUAACACCAAGAGCAGGUGUCGAAUAUUUUAGUAGACAAUCUGGAGGUUGAGAGAAUAUGGGUUUCACGCCAGUUGAUUACAAGAACUACUUACAGAGAAAGCGAAUGAAAGUGAUGGAAAAGGGUGAUGCAGGAGCUGUAUUGGAGUACUUUCAACAAAAGCAAAUUGAUGAUCCAUCUUUCUUUUAUGCUAUACAAGUAGAUAAAGAUAAUCAAAUGACGAACAUGUUCUGGGCAGAUGGAAGGUCAUUAGUGGACUAUAGUGUUUUUAGGGAUGUCAUUUGCUUUGAUACUACAUAUAGGAUAAAUAGUUAUGGACGGCCUUUUGCCCCAUUUAUUGGGGUAAAUCAUCAUAAGCAGACUGUAAUAUUUGGUGCGUCCUUACUAUACGAUGAAACGAUUGAAUCUUUCAAGUGGUUGUUUCAAACAUUUUUAAGUGCGAUGUUUGGAAAACAACCAAUGACAAUACUAACAGACCAAGAUGCUGCAAUGGCCAAUGCAUUAGCUUCAGUGAUGCCAGAAACAUAUCAUCGUCUAUGUAUGUGGCAUAUAUACCAAAAUGUUGCAAAACACCUUAGCAAUGUAUUUAAUGGUUUAAAAAGUUUUGGUUCUGAUUUUAGUAAGUGUGUAUAUGAUUAUGAGGAAGAGGAAGAGUUUCUAGCUGCAUGGAAUAACUUGCUUGAGAAAUAUGAUUUAGUACAGAACAAGUGGCUACAGAAUUUGUUUAAAGAAAGAGAGAAAUGGGCUAUGGUUUAUGGAAGAAAUACAUUUUGUGCUGACAUGAAGAGCACACAACGGAGUGAGAGCAUGAAUGGCGUAUUGAAAAAAUAUUUGAGCUCUAAAUAUAAUCUUUUACGUUUCUUCACUCAUUACGAACAAGUAGUGGCCGAACGACGAUGCAAGGAAUCUAAAGCUGAUUUCAAUAUGAGGCAGAGUACCCCAAUAUUGUUUGCUGAUGUCACAAUGUUAAAGGAAGCAGCAAAAUCAUAUACUCCAGAAAUAUUUGAAAUAUUUCAAAAUGAGUAUAAGAAGUGGCUAAGUCAUGCAAUGUUUAAAUGUGGUGAGUUUGGAACGGUUGUCGAGUUUCGAGUUGUUUUUAAAGGUAAAAUAGAAGGGCGUACCAUUAGAUUUGACUCAUUAGAUAGUACAGUGAGGUGUAGCUGUAAGAAAUUUGAAUUUGUGGGGAUCUUAUGUAGUCACGUAUUAAAAGUUUUAAAUUAUUAUAAUAUAGAUGUGAUUCAUCCUCGUUAUAUUCUGAAGAGAUAGCAAAGAGAUGUAAAGGUAGGUUAUGCUAAAGAUUAUACUGGGUUAACAAUACAAGCUGACUGCAAUGUUACUUCAAGUAAAUGGUACAAUCACUUGUGUCGCAAGCUUCUGAAAGUUGCAGCAAUUGCUGGGGAACAUGAAGAGGUCUUCAAAGUAGCUGAUAAAUAUGCAGAUAUAUAUCAUGAUCAAGUGAUGGAAUGUACGAAAAGAAUCAAAGAACUUCCAUUAAUGUCCGAUAUUGUUAAAGAAAGUGAAGAUGAUGCACCUACAUGCCAUUUGUUGACCAAAAGUUUAAAUACCGAACAUGCACACUCUGAACCCACAGAAAGUUUACAUACUGAAGGUGCACCUUCCAAUCUGACCUCAAGCGUACAUACUGAAAGCACAUUCCCUGAGCCAAUUGAAAUUGAAAACACUGAAAGCGUACGCUCUCGGCUAACCAAAAAACAAGUUACUUUUGUUGAUAGUAUGGGUACACAAAUUGUAAGAGGGAUUAAAGUAAAGCCCAAAGUUCGAAGCAACCAUCGUGCGUUUAAAAAUCCACUAGAUCGAAUGAGGAAGAAAAGAUCCUUAUCUGAAACCGUUCAACCACAAGCAAGUCAAAUGUUGAUGGUGAAGGGAAACAAUCAUGCACCAAACGUCAUGCACCAUGCUUCAUUUCAACCUUCACAUUAUAUGGUGUGGGUUACCUUCCUGACCCUAGUGGAUCUAUCAAUGCAUCAGUGGUUCAGUGUGGGUACCAACUACAUGAUGCUAGCAUGUUUCAACAAAACCUUUUCAACGUUGGAUAUCAGAAUUCAAAUAUUACCGGAGUGAGUUGUUCUGGAUCCCAACCAAGUAUUAACUUCUACCAGCAAAAUCCCUCAAGCACCCCACAUGAUUCAUCUACGGGAAGCGUCUUGCUUAGCCAGCCAUCAUUACCAUCAUAUGAUAACAAUCAAUUGUUGGGGUGUGAAGAUUGCCACCCACGUUCGAGUAAUUAGUAUUUCUUUUUUUCAAAGGUGGAGAUGCAACUGCUGUCAGGGGUGGGCUAACUCUUUUUGUCAAGCCCACCUAAUUGAUUCUUAAAAAAUAGUGAUUGUCUUAUACAAUAGGUCAGGAUUUCCAAGCUCAUCAUUCAAAUCAAACAACAGGGAGUGCAAAGUGAAGAAAGAUUUUUUUUAAUUAAUUAAUUUAUUUUUAUUUUUUUUGAAUUUUGCAAUGUCUUUGUGAAGAAAGAUUUAUUAAAAAGCAUAAAUAAGGGGUGUUGAAAGAUUUAUUGAAUUUAUUUAUUUAUUUAUUUAUAUACCCCCGUUGUUACUUUUAGAUUUUGGGUUUUAUCAUUGUUCUGUGGUAACCAUUUUUUCAAUUGCCUAAUUUAAUAUAAGCAAUCUGCAGUAAGGAAUGUAUUUUUGAUGUUGGAACCUUUUUGUAUUCUUUCACAUGACAUUAAUGUCACAUAUCAGUUUAAUCUCUC